UGUGUUUCUGCAGGUUGGAUAGUGGCAAUAGUGUAAGGGACAAGUAGAACCAAGCUAAAUUGAUGGAUGUUUCUCAAGAACCCAACUUUGCUGUGCUGGCUCCAAACCUGGAACAGAUCAACAAAGAGGAUGAGAACGGUAAAGACAUGUGUAUGUUGCUUUGCUAGAAACACUAUACUUGAAUCAAAAAAAUAAUGGACACACCAAGAUGUAAUUCCUCACCACAGGUGUAUAUCAACACUUAUAGAUGAUAAUUUAUCAUAUCGUACUGUAUGUUUUAGCAUUUUAAAAUAUGUUUUUAUUAAGGAACAGAGGGAAUGCUGCUACAUUAUCACAGUACAUUAUGUCCUGCUGGUUACAAGGAGGCACAGAGUUCUUAAAUGGAACAAGAUGCUAUGCAUUGUUUUCACCUCCUCUGCUAUUUAGUUUGCCUGUGACCUUCACAGAACUGAAAGGCAAGAAGCCACAGCCUUGUUAUUUAGUGACCUUAACUUUUGCUGCAUCUGAAUGGAUGAGCAAUGUUUCAAUGCUCAGAGACGGUCCAAUGUGUGGAAUGUUUUCCUCAAUUUUUUACUUCUGAAAGUACUUAUCAUCCUUUCCCACCCCUUACGACCCUGAAUGUCAAAGGGGGAAGACCACUCACAAAGACGAGGGGAAAAGGUUAUUACCUUUGUCAUUCCUUCCAUACAUCCUAUAAAUACAUGAAUCAGAGUAAGAGAAGAGGCAGAGCAGAGGUCUUAUUUAAGAGUGAAAAAUAGGCUAAUUACAUAUUUCCACUAUAAUUGUCCCAUUACUUUCUAUUGGGUAUUUUAUUCUCAAUGUAUUCUUAUCACAAAUUAUAAAGCACAAGAAACACAAUGAUGAGAAAAUGAUGAGCAUUUCAUUUUCCUCAAUAAAAAGCAGAAUUCACCUUUUCAGCUUGAAUUAUAUAUAUUAUUCCUUGUCUUUGUACAAAAUGAUUACUUUGUGCAGCCUGAUUGAAAAAACAUGACCUGUGCAUUUGAUCAACUGUAAGAGAGACUAGGAACAUACAUUGAGCUGAAAAUGAAAAAUAAUUAAAGAUAGGAAAUAGUAGAGUAUAUUAAAAUGUCCUCUCAUAUAGGACAGUAUAUUAAAGUACUCUCACAUUGUCCAUCAGUGAGUUCACUGGUGAAUUAGUUGAUAUCUGAUAUCAUCUCUCUGUUCUGCUCUACAGAAUCACACAUCCAGAACAGUAAUCUGAAGCCAGACAGCACCGCCAUCCCACCUACAGCCAAUCAACCAAAAGGAGGCCAUGAGUGUGAGAGGACCUCACUGAGCCCAUCCUCACCCCUCAGCCCAACAGAGACCCCUGAGCCCAGUAUCACCACCACUACCACUGAUGACUCCUCUUCCACCCACGCUAUCUCCCUCACCUCCUCUUGCACCACCAAAGAGGUGAGUCCCUGGGCUCUUCCAGAGGACUGUAGUAACAAGGCAGCUUUCACAAUAAUGGAGAUAGGGAGUGUAUCGGCCCUGUCUGGAGGGGACUGCCUCAUGCCACAAAGCCGCACAUGCCUGGGCUGUUUCAUCGAGACCAAGGACGCUACAGAGCCUGAGCCAGGGCUGGACCUGGGCCAGGACUAUGACCCAUGUCCUGUCUCCUGUCCUGACAUGGCCAUGCAGUGCAUGAGUUCUGGGGAUGGUAUCCGCUACGGGGAUCAGCUGCUCUCCGACCAGCUCCUCAGCUACCCAGAGCACAAGGUCAGGGCAGAGGAGAAGACAGAUGAUGAGAAGUCAGCGGAGGACAGCGACUCGGAGGACGCCACGUCGAAGAGUAUCUACGAAGGCCUGCUCCUUGACAAGUGCAACGGUGAGGAGGCUCUGCUGGCCAACUCCAGCCAGGACUGGGGCUGCUUUGAGUCCUUUAUCAGCGAGAGUAAGAUCGAGCUGCUGGACCUGUGCUCUAAGAACGAGCUCUCUGUCAACCUCUUCUCAGAAGAGGACGUAGACAACUAUAUGUUUGAUGAUGAGGACGAGGACUCCACCCUGGGCAGUGACGUGUGCUCGCUGAAGAUCCGCUACGAGUCCUUCCAGGACAACAUCCGAGAAAAGACCAAUGCCAUUCAGGAGGAAACCCAGUUCAACUUCUUCCCAAGUGUCGUGGCCAAAAAGGAGGGCGAAGGAGCAGUGAAGAAGGGAGCUGAAGGGCCGCAGGUGAAGGGAGAGAUAGUUGAAGUCUGGGCGGCUGGAGAAAAGGUUGACAAAAACAACAGCAGCAGCUCUGCUGAAGUGACCCCGAAUGUCAGUCCAGAGAGCAGCUACCUGUUUGACUUCAACAAUUCCACAGUCGACUCUGGAGAGUACAGCGAUGACAGCUCCUGUACUGGAUCCUCCCUUGACACCUGCCAGACUAAACAGAAACACUGCUUCCUCUCCAGGGAGAACUCCAGCUCCUCUAGCCAGCUGAGCUAUGGGCUGAGGUCCAAGAGAAAAGUCAGAUACAGCGAUGACUAUCUGUACGACGUGGACUCUAUCGAGAGUGAGAGGAACACAGAGAAAAAAGACAAGCAGACGGUGGGUCCAAAGAAAGAGGAGGAUGAUGACUGGUGUCCAAAGAAGAGGAGAAAAUCCUCACGAAAAGAGCCUCCGGUGAUAAUCAAAUACAUCAUCAUAAACCGAUUUAAAGGGGAGAAGCACAUGUUAGUAAAGCUUGGCAAAAUUGACACAUCAGAGACAACAGUAAGCUUAAGUAAGGACUUAGUUCAUAAGUACCAGAGAAUGGCCCCUCUGAAAGAUUACUGGCAAAAGAGGCGGCAGGAAAUGCAGGAGCAGCGCAUGCUGGCUGCUGGUGAUAAAAACACAUUUCCAAAUGGCUGCAGGCGUUCCCUUAAUUCGAGCCUGACAAAACGAAAAUACAGGAUUGCAAAUAGAGUCCGGAUUCAAAGAAUUCACGCUGUAAAGCUUUCGCCAAACCACACCGAUCACAACCAAGAGGUGGGCGCAGCUGAGGAUGAGGCUGCCUGUACAGAUAUGGAAUCUAUAUCAACAACGACCUCCGACUGUGCUGCUAGAUUAGACCAAGGCAGUGUGACUGGAAAAAGCAGAUUGCUAGAGAGGGAGGGGAAAAUACUUGGGAAUAAGAAUGUGCAAAUAAGGAAGUUUAAAAGCGAGGCCAGACUGAGGUUGAAAAAAAUGAAAGAGGCUCAGCAGGAGGAUGGUAAAACUGUGAUACACCUACAAGAGGUUGGCCCACUAUCCCCAAAUUGGAACCCUGACAUAGUUUACUCCACCGCAGGCAGCCCCCAGCUUUGUGAUGACUCCACUGUCAGUGUCGACCCCAAUGAAAAGUCAAUUUUUAUACCAGCCCCCUGCUCCCCUUCCAGUACAAUGACCCAUCCUGUAAAUGUGAAUAGUGGUCUACAUGUCAUCCCUGGAGGCUACCUGCAGACAUUACUAGAUGCCUCCGACUCAUCCAGUAACACUGGGCUGACAUAUUACUCCCAGCAGCAUCAGCAGCAUCCCCGACAGCAGUUUCCUCAUGGCCUUUCCCAGGAGGAGAAUCCAUUCACUAACCUACAGCUGGCCCAGAGCUGUGUUCUAUCCCCUCCCUCGGAGUCCGAGCUCCAACAAUCCCCCUCUAACUGCUCCAAUCAGAUGGAGCCAAACUUCACUCACACAUCAUGGCAGUCUGGAGGUGAACAGUUACCAUUUACACCUGAUAUUCCACCUGAAUCUGCUGGUUUUUCCAGCACAAUCUCUUUGCCAAUGACAAACAACUUGUCAUUGUCAGGAUAUAGUCAAGUCAAUGUAGAUGGCAACAGACUGCUGUAUGAUAAGGCAUAUUUGCCUGAGGAGCCACCAGGACUAGACUCAGGUCUACAGGUCAGCCAGUCAGCUGAAGAGGAACAGGUGCAGUUCCAUAGAGUCACUCUAAACACAGAGAAUGGCAGGCUGGCCAGCUAUGACUCUAUGAGUUCACUGUCUGCCACCUCCAGCAGCUACAGCUCUAUGAGUCUCAAGUCCUGUGAGAAGGAGAGUGAAGAGGAUGUGAACGAGAACUUCUUGGCCCACUGCAGUCCCAAACUGGUGAUCCAGCAAAGUACGGAUGAAAUCACUCCCCUCAGGGAGUCCACAGACCUACUGGACAUCUCCAACUUCACCCCCGAUAAGUUCAGGCACUCGCCGCUGUCAGAGAUGUCGCCACCCGACACACCAAAUCUCUCCCCACAGGUGAUGGGGACAGAAAUUAGAGAAAGCCUAGGAAAGGCCAGGGAGUUUCAGGGAGAGACAGGAGACAUGACUCUCUCAGCUACACCUGAUGGGACUAAGUGGGACUGUAAUGUCCUGCCACAACAAAAUCAUGAUGGCAGAGCGAUAAACAAUCAUCAGUUCCAGUUCCAUACUUUCAAUGACAAUGAUGGCACAGGUAAGAUUGAUGGCAUGGACGUCUUUGAUGAGCAGGCCGAAUCCAUCGGAGGUCGAACUAAAGGUCCCAAGUCAAAAAGGAAAACAACCAGCAAACAGAAAACCAAGGGUCCAAGGGCCCCCAAGACAGAGAAGAACAAAGCCCCUAGACAGAAUUCUAGUUCAUCCAAAAAGCUAAAAGCCCUGCUUGAUGCAAAGGCGAAUGCAAAAGGUGAAGAAAGUGAAGGGCUUUUUGGACUGUCAGAAGACUGGCCUUUACUGGAGGAGCACGGUGGGGGCUGGGCAGACGGCAACAACAACAGUCCUGUGGAUGACGACCAGCGAGAGUUUGAAGAGCCCUCCAACAUCCUGUCCAACAUAGCCUCUGGGAUGGCAGAGGUCCAGAGGUUUAUGAAGGUGUCCAUCGAGCCACUGUGGGACCCCAUGUCUGGACUCUGUCAGCCUCCAGAUGCCAACAGCCUUAAAACUAAGACACUUAAAAUCCUGGCGGGAACGACAGCUAAUGUCAGGAAAAAGGGUGGUUAUGCCACCUCCCCUGUGGUAGGAAGGGGCAGGAAGGCAACUGGCAUGGGAGCCAAAAACCAAGCCAAGUUAAUUCCUUCAAACCCCUUCUUCCCCCCUCUCAUGCUAGACUGCAACAUAUUCAACAAGUCCAGCCUCGGUAUACCUGGCAUCUGUGGGCCCGCACACAAAAAAAUGUACCGUCACAAAACCGGUGCCAAAUUUGCUCGAGACGAAAACAAUACAGGGAAGCGGGACUCGAGCAAGAACACAGCUCUGAUGGCCUCUUAUGAGAAACUGAGGUAAUAUUUUCUACCAGUGGCUGCAAAAUAUGUCCCACUCACUCUAUUUCCUCCCGCCCCUUGCUCAGUUCCCUGGGUUCCCUUACUGCUCUCCCUUUUUGACUUAAAUCCAAGUGUUGCAUGGCAAGGACAUUAAUCCUGACUACCCCACCUGCAUAUUUUACCCUAAAUAGAGCCGAAAUAACUUGCAUGUAAGAUUUUAUUUGUUCCUGAGAAACUACCUAUUGAGUGAUUGAUUGUCUUCAGCUUGACCGGGUUUUCAAACUACCGUGGCUACAUUUUGUUUCUGACUGCUGCUUGAUUCACCUUUCUUGGUCUUUGUUACUUUAGGUUUGACUUUUGUAUAAUAAGAAAGAUUGCCUUGAAACUGUUUUGAAAAUAAUUUUUGUGAUUCUUAAUGGUUUGCUUUGUUUUUUCAUUUCUCCAUUUCAUCAGAACAGCUUGCCCCACCUUAAUAAUGUCCAAAUUCAGUUUAUGGCUCUAAAAUCACAGUUCAAAAGUUGUCCGUCCUUACAUUCAGACGGUGGUUUCCUUCAGUGUAAGAAGAGAGAGUGGAGUGAGUCAUAAGGGAACAAUUACAGUAGGCCUAUCCUAUCAUUACUGAUAUCACCCAGCCAUUCCAUUUGUGGAUGUUUCACUGGUGUUGGAGAACUGUAUCGCUGUUCUCCUGCGAACCAGACUUUUCAUACUAAAAAAGGGGACUUUUUUGUAUUAACAAUAAGACAAAUUUAUCAAACUGUCCUAAUUGUAUUAAUAUCUUUAAAUGGUAUUAUUUGUCAUUGGCUUAUUGCCAAGGUUUGGGGAGAGUUGGUGGGAGAGUAAGUGGAGUAAGUACCCAAAAUUGCAAUUUGUUAAUGCUAUUGUACAGAGACAUAUGCACUAUUUGUAGAAUAAUUAUAAUGUUGAAAAUUGAAUUAAUGUGCCAAAUGUUGAUCAAGUACCUGUAUAAACAUUUUAUAUCUGUAUGUAUAUUGGCUGUUUCAUGUUCUUUUUGUUACGGUUGUGGGGUGUGGGUUAUGGACUGUGGUGGCCGGUCGACAUUCCAGAGAUCUUACACUUGGGAUCCAUUCCAUUUGCCAAGCACAUGCAGCUGACAGUGAUACACCUUUUACCAAAAUGCAAAUGACUGUCUUUUCUUUCAUACAUUCUUUUGAAAUUAUUGCCAUCUGAACUCAAAAUCAACAGCCAGCAUGGCGAUACUGAGAAGGGGAUUAAAUAUGCUCUAACAGGUUAGUUAAAUCUAGAGCUUCGUACUACAAGGUUCUAUCUGCAUUUUUGUCAAAAUGUAGUUAUUGACAUAGCCUUGAUCUGUUCAAUGUU